UUAGCCAAGAGGUAAGUUUUUGCCUAUACUUGUUUUUUUCACAUGUUGUGGAUGGUUUGUCUCCACUUCCUUGUCCAUGUCCUGUUUUAUUUUGAAGUUCCAUGUCUUGUCUUCCUGUGUUUUUCCUCUUGUGAGUACCUCGUGUGUCUCACAUGUAUGCGAUUGCCCCACCUGUGUCUCGUUUCCUCAUGUAUCUGACCUCAGUGUUUUCCCGGUUUUGUCCUUUGUUGGUUCGUCUGUGUCCAUGCUGUGAGUUAAUAAACUCUUUUUUUGUUUUACUGCACUAGUUUUCAGGGUCCAGUUCCCUAAACCGUAACAUGUUGUUUCUAAUUGUGUCUGUCAUUAACCUUGUAAUAAUUAUGUUUUCUUUCUGAGGAUGAGAAUGCCCACUUUACCAGACAAAGCUGGCCCAGGUGAAACAGGAACUGUGUCAUCACUUCAAGGAUCACCUCCAGUAUCCCCCCGCACAUCCACUCCUGUGGUGAAGAAAACCCUACAGCUUCCUAGUCCUCCACAAUAUGUGAUCUACACAGACACUGAGUUGGAACUAGCUCGUAAGCACCAUUUUGAGAUGGCCUGCACUGGUAGAGAGGGGGAAUCUGCCAUGUCCAAAGAGCUGAGAUGCAGGCUGGUGAGGAACACUGUUACCAGCAUGAUUUCAAUCUUGAGAGCAAGUCACCAAGGAGAGGAGCUCCGGUACCCUUCAAAGCAUGAGGUCACCACAAUGGCUAAGAGACUAGUGGAGUAUUAUCCCAUGCUACAGGAUAAAGAUGAACCCAUCAAACAUAUGAGCAUGUACAGUUAUCUUCAGAAGAGAAUUCUGAAUGUGAAGACCCCACAGAAGAGGCAGGGGCCCAGACCAGAGAGAAGCAGUUCAACCAAAAGACGUCACACUGACUUCUCUCCAAGUGACCAGCGAGAAGAUUAUGAUGCAGACUCAAGUGGUGGAUCAACAAUUCUUUUGCCACCUGGGAGCAGUUCUGAAGAUGACAGAUCAGCGGACAAAGAUAGUCUGGCAACACAGGCCAGGCAUUAUGAGACUCUGCAGGAAAUGUACAAGAAACCAAAACCCAACCAAGAUGCUGUCUGCCAGAUCCUUGACCUCGAGUUUCAAGCAAGAAGAGCCUUCAUUGACAGUGACAUUCUGAAAGAAGAGGACAGACUAGCAAAGAUUUUUGAGGCAUAUCCAUGUUUCAAAGAGCUUCAUCAUGUGAUGGAUGAGCUGCGGCGGAUUCUGGAUAAGGACAAUAGCAAGUUCUUAGAUGAAGUAAAGAAGAGAUGGGCCGACUUCAGCUCCAUGGUGCAGUUUUAUGGUGUUUGGAGGAAAGUGUUGAAGCCACCCAUGAGCCUGGGUGCAGUGGAAUCCAACAUUGCCUUGUUCAGGGCACUACCCACACUCUUCCCCUCACAGUCUGCGCCACCUAAGAAGAUGGGACAGGCCAGUGAGGCAUUGCUUCAUGUCCUUCAGCCAACAGAAGAGCCGGCCAUCUACCUCCAGAAGAGAACACUCUUCAGCCCUGUUUUGGUCUUUGAUGGGUCCCGCUGUCUUCUGGCAAUUGGAAACACUCCUGUCACUACAUUUGCCAAAGAAGAACUUGGUGAAGGUUUGCUGUAUCUGAUGGGUUAUUACUGCACCCUGCAUUUCACCUAUCCUAAGUGUGUGGCGACUCUUCUCUCUGUCAUUCAGACAGAAGUCUUACAGGACAGUAUCCACGAGCGAGACACCACAGGCUCGUACAAAAGAGCCAUGGCAGAGUGGAAUGCUUUCAUUAAGAAAUAGAGCUGUUCAGGCUUGGAGGGGGGUGUACAAAACUCAAGCCCCUGUGUUUUUUGAAGUUUUACACAUACUGAAGACUUGCUGUCUAUUUUUGUUCAAGU